UUUCACUUUGUCACAAACACGACAACCUUCGUCUCAGAACUUGAGAAGUUGAGAAACUCCGAAUCAGCUUUGACCCUCUCUCUCUCUAUAUCUGUGUGUUCAGAGUUCUGAGCAGAAUCCAGAUGGUGUUCAACUGAAACACUCUAAAGAAGCAUGUCCAGCGUCAUCAUCAGCACGGCCGAUCCCAAUGCCGACCGAGAGGACUCCAUCACCGUCCCCUUGCUCUCCGGCCUACGAUCCGUCCCCAACUCCUCCUCCCAAGUCGCCAUCGUCGGCGUCAAUGUCUGUCCCAUCGAGAGCCUCGAUUACGAGAUAUUCGAGAAUGAGCUGUUCAAGCAGGACUGGAGGAGCCGGGGAAAGUUGCAGAUAUUCCAAUACACGUUUAUGAAGUGGCUCUUGUGCUUUCUCAUCGGUUUGAUUGUCAGCCUCGUCGGCUUUUGCAAUAACCUCGCCGUCGAGAAUCUCGCCGGCAUGAAGUUCGUCGUCACUUCUAACAUGAUGUUGGAGAGCAGGUAUGGAAUGGCAUUUCUUGUAUUUUCGGUGUCUAAUUUCGUUCUGACUCUGUUCGCGUCUAUAAUUACGGCUUUUAUAGCGCCGGCGGCUGCCGGUUCGGGUAUUCCGGAAGUGAAAGCAUACCUGAACGGCGUGGAUGCGCCUGGAAUAUUUACGUUACGGACUUUGGUUGUUAAGAUAGUCGGCAGCAUUUCCGCUGUAUCAUCGUCUCUUCUUGUGGGAAAGGCAGGGCCCAUGGUCCAUACUGGUGCAUGUAUAGCAUCAUUGCUAGGUCAGGGUGGGUCAAAGAAAUAUGGUUUAACAUGGGGAUGGUUACGCUUUUUCAAGAAUGACCGAGACCGAAGAGAUCUUGUAACAUGUGGAUCAGCAGCUGGAAUUGCUGCCGCUUUCCGUGCCCCUGUUGGUGGUGUGCUGUUUGCUCUUGAAGAGAUGGCAUCUUGGUGGAGAAGUGCCCUUCUAUGGAGAUCUUUCUUCACAACAGCUGUUGUGGCACUAGUACUCCGUGCUUUCAUUGAUCUUUGCUUAAGUGGAAAAUGUGGGCUCUUUGGUACAGGGGGGCUCAUAAUGUUUGAUGUCUACUCAGAAUCUGUUUCAUAUCAUCUUGUGGAUGUGCCUCCUGUGCUUGCCCUUGGAGUUAUAGGGGGCAUAUUGGGAAGUUUAUAUAAUUUUCUUCUAGAGAAGGUUCUCCGAAUUUACAGUCUCAUAAAUGAAAGAAGCAUUGGUUACAAAAUUUGUCUUGCUUGCUCCAUCUCCAUUUUCACAUCUUGUCUUCUCUUUGGAUUACCAUGGCUUGCAAGUUGCCGACCUUGUCCAGCUGAUGCAUCUGAGGCCUGCCCUACAAUAGGCCGCUCUGGUAACUACAAGAAGUUCCAAUGCCCCGCUGGUUACUAUAACGAUCUUGCCAGCCUCAUUUUUAACACAAAUGAUGAUGCUAUUAGAAAUCUUUUUAGUAAAGGCACCGAUGAUGAGUUCCAACACUCCUCAGUUCUCAUAUUCUUUUUUACUUGCUUUUUUUUAAGCAUCUUUAGCUAUGGGGUGGUUGCUCCUGCUGGUCUCUUUGUACCUGUUAUUGUUACUGGUGCAUCCUAUGGACGUUUUGUUGGAAUGUUAGUUGGCCCACACUCAAAUCUUAACCAUGGACUUUACGCUGUGCUGGGUGCUACCUCCCUUCUUGGUGGGUCUAUGAGAAUGACAGUUUCUCUGUGUGUAAUUAUCCUAGAAUUGACCAAUAAUCUGCUAUUGCUGCCAUUAAUAAUGCUGGUACUUCUUGUCUCCAAGACUGUAGCUGAUGCUUUCAAUGGCAAUAUCUAUGACCUUAUCAUGAAAGCAAAGGGAUUUCCUUACCUUGAAACUCAUGCUGAGCCAUAUAUGAGGCAGCUGUCAGUAGGUGACGUGGUCACAGGCCCGCUUCAGCUCUUUCAUGGCAUUGAGAAGGUUGGUAAUAUAGUUCAUGUUCUUAUGACGACAAGGCACAAUGGCUUCCCUAUAAUUGAUGAGCCUCCGCAUUCUGAGUGUCCAGUUUUGUUUGGUAUAAUCCUACGAGCUCACCUUGUUACAUUGUUAAAGAAGAAAGCUUUCUUGUCCACCCCAGACUUGACAGGAGGCUCCAACGCCUCUAAGCAGUUUUUAGCUGGGGAUUUUGCAAAGAGGGGUUCAGGCAAUGAUGAAAAGAUAGAAGAUAUAGAUUUAUCUGAGGAAGAGAUGGAAAUGUUCAUAGAUUUACAUCCUUUUACUAAUGCUUCACCUUAUACUGUUGUGGAGACGAUGUCCCUAGCAAAGGCUCUCUUACUUUUCCGAGAAGUCGGUUUAAGGCACCUGCUGGUGAUUCCCAAGAUCUCUAGUAGAUCCCCUGUGGUGGGCAUAUUGACGAGGCACGAUUUCAUGCCGGAGCACAUAUUAAGUUUGCACCCUAUGCUGGUAAGGAGCCGGUGGAAAAGAUUACGAUUCCGGUUCCCACCUCUGAGUAAAUUAUUUUAGAGCACCUCAGCAAGCAUUGAAGCUUAAUUAUGAGAUUAAGUUUGUGAUUAGUCUUACUGGAGCUGCUCAGAUUACAGAAUUAUUGGAGGACCGGCUUUGAUUUCUUCUUUUACAAAAUCUUUACAAAAUUUAGAGCUGAAGAGAGGGCCAGACAAUGACAAAUAAUGUUUUGUUAUAUUAUCAAAUUUUAUACAUUAGAUGAUGCAAUGAACGAAGUGUAUGCUUCAUGAACCAUUAGUUGUGAUAAUUCUCAAUGUUACAGGAAAAUAAAUUAUAAAUGCCCACUUUUGGGAAGUUUUUAUCUUCUA